AUGAUCAGGCGCAAGGGCCAGGUUCAGGACGACUGGGAGAUCCGGUACGACGAGCUCGAAGUCGGCGAGCACCUGGGCACGGGCGGCUUCGGCGACGUCAGCCGGGCCACUUGGGAGGGCACCGAGGUGGCCGUCAAGGUCAUGGCCUCCGACCGCGUCACCAAGGACAUGGAGCGAUCCUUCCAGGAAGAGGUGCGGGUGAUGACCUCGUUGAGGCAUCCCAACGUGGUGCUGUUCAUGGCGGCGUGCACCAAAGCGCCCAAUAUGUGCAUCGUCAUGGAGUUCAUGAGCCUCGGCUCCCUCUUCGACCCUUCCCUUUGUACGCUGAACGAGCUUAAGGUGGCGGGAAUCGAAGCGCGAUUCUUCGGUGGCGUCACUGUGGGCUCGGACGACGCUCGCGCCGCCACCAACCACAAGUCGUCUAGCGAAGGCGGCGACCAGGAAGACCAGGGCAGCGACACCGUGUUGCGGGGCGGCUCGGCGUCGAGCGGAUUCGCUGUCCUGGCCGAUCACUCGAUCAAGCUCCCCUGGCAACAGAAGCUGAACCUGCUGCGGUCGGCGGCGCUGGGCAUUAACUACCUGCACUCGCUCCACCCGGCCAUCGUGCACCGCGACCUGAAGCCGUCGAACCUGCUGGUGGACGAGAACUGGAACGUGAAGGUGGCCGAUUUCGGGUUCGCGCGCAUCAAGGAGGGAACGCCACCAUGA